ACCCCAAUGCAUCGAAAUCCUUAAAACAACGGGAGGAGGAGAAGAUGUUUUAUUCGCAUACGUUUUUGUCUCGUAAGGCUCCUCUCGGCACCGUAUGGUGCGCCGCCCAUCUCCAGCACCGCCUCAAGAAGUCCCAUUACACCGCCACCGAUAUCCCCACCACCGUCGAUCACAUCAUGUUCCCCGAAGUUCCCAUUGCAUUAAGAAUGUCAGGCCACCUUCUUUUGGGCGUUGUUCGGAUAUACUCGAAGAAAGUCGAAUAUCUUUACCAUGACUGCAACAUCAUCCUUAUUGGGUUAAGCAAGGUUUUUGCUCCCUCAAAAGUGACUCUGCCCGAGGAUGCAAUACGGGCGCAGGUUCAUGCUAUCACUUUGCCACAGACAUUGGACUUGGAUGCCAUGGAAUUGGAUGUCGAUGACUAUAACGAAGAAGCUGCAGAUAAUCAUCUCAGGAACCUAGAGGACAUAACACUUGCAGAUCAAAUUCCUGCUGAGAGUGAUCGUUAUGUUGCUAUCACUUUUGAUGAUGAUAUCAUGAUGGAUGAUACAUCACCUCAGGAAGCAUUUCACCAAUCUGGGUCCAUAGAGAUAAAUGACAUCCUUAAUGAACCUCCAGAGACCGGCUCAAAAGGCAUGAAUGAUCCUGCUCCAGACGAUCAGGUGCAAAGGCCUAGUUUUCAGGAUCCAGGUCCUAGUAAUCAGUUGGGAGUACAAAGUGAAGCAGAAGAUAUUGCAAGACAAGGUCCAAGUAAUCAGACACAAGUACUUGAGUCUGUUAGCAACGAUAGCUCUCAAGAUUUCCCGGAGAUGGAAACGAUGCGCGACGCUGCUCACGACUUUUCCACCGAAAACGACCCCACAGUAGGUCCUGACAACAGGGAUGAUCCAACUGAAGUGUCAGCUUCUUUGGAGCAAGUCCUGGAGGAGAAGGAAACCCGUACUCCUAGUUUGAACCUAUCAGCUUCUGGAGAGCUGCCUAUGCCUUUUCAGCAGCACUCUGAUCCUCCAGCUUCUGCUUCAAAUGUCCCCCCAGAGGCUUUCGUGGAUGCAUCACCUCAACUUGUUAUUCCACCAUCUCCACCGCCCGAGCAACCAAGAAGGAGACGACGGCGGAAUUUAUUUGACGAGAAGUUGGUGUUACCAAAUAGGGUGAUGAAGAGGGCACUUGAAGAUUGUAGUGGUAUAGUAAGGAAGAGAAAGAAAACCCCUUGCUCGGCUUUAGGUGUAUGGAAGUUGAAUAACGCUCGAAAAGCGGAACAUAUGUUUAAUGAGCCUUCAUUAACUGGGUUGAGUGAACAUUUAUGUAACAUGUUCAAAAAGGACGGUAUCUCCUUAAAUCCCCAGUUGGCAGUGCUGGAGGAAGUUAUCCCGGAACCUACAGUACUGCAGUCUGCUGCUCCUACAACCGAAGCUAUUAGGACACCAGCACCGGAUCAUAGAGUUGGUUCUUCUCCUGCUUCAGUACCUGAAGUUGACAUGGAAACGGAAUGUCUUCGUCACGACGGAAGCAAUGCUUCCGACAAUGUUGUUCCGGAAUUCGGAUCUUUGCUAGCCGGAUCCAUGCCUUCUCCAUUUAGGAGGGAGGAUUCCCCUUUCUCAGCUCACAGUUUAGAAUCAGAGUUAGCACCUAGAACUGCUAGCACAACAAAUAUUCCACCAUCGACCGGAACUCAUGCAUCUGAGAUUCCUACACCUAUGACAUUUUUGGAGCAGCAAUCAUGUCUGGGAAACUCCGGCUUUUCAACCAUUCCCGAAUUCAGGACUUCCGAAUCAGAUCUAUAUUUUCUAGAAGAAGAUAGUCAUACACCUACAGAAUCCGGAGCAAGCCAAGGGGUGGGAUCCUUAUCUGCAAGAACAAGGGCGGUGGCUAAAUACCUGAGAUGUCAUUCCCCUAUCACCCCAAUCUCAGAAGAUGGUAACGUGGACCUCAGUUUAAGCAAGAUCCUAGAAGGAAAAACAAGGAAAAUUUGUGCUCGGAUGUUCUUCGAGACAUUGGUAUUGAAGAGUUAUGGAAUAGUGGAUGUAGAACAAGAAGAAGCUUAUGGUGAUAUUACUCUCAAGGUUACUCCUUCACAGUUAUCAAAGGCUGAUACAUAAUGUAACUAAAUGUUAUGAUGAUGGCUAGUAUUAAGUUAUAU